UCACACAGCUAGCUAGCAGAUAGCUCACUAAUUGCUUGGGUGCACGUACGCCCGCGCACAAUUAACACACGGCAUGGCAGGAAAUAGGGAGCAUGUUAUUUCCGUGGAGGAGUUGCUUUCGAGAAAGGUUAAUAUUGUCGGAACCGAAGCUGGUGAAACAAGCAGAGGCCGCGACACUUCCGGCUUGCGGAGGCGGAUCAUUGAACUCGAAGACAAAGACUGCAGUCCUCCCAGGCCGGCCGUGUGCAAGCUGAAAAAGUUGAGGUUUGAGAAACUGAGGAAGGCAGGAGAAAGUGCCACGCCAAAUAAUGCAGCUCAAAGUCAAAAGGCUUCUCCAAAAAUACAAAGGGUUCCGCUCUUGCUGCGAGAUCACCAACAUUUUGACAAGUAUUUCAAACCAAGGAUAGUUGCAAUCGGUCCUAUCCAUCAUGGUGAGCCAAAAUACAAGCCAGCAGAGGCGUACAAGCUUAGAAUGGCAAACUACUUUGUCCAAGACAGUGGUACAAAGGAUGAGAUUUUGUACGACAUUGUUGAGAAGAACAUCGAGCAACUGAGGAAGUGCUUCGACGGGGAGGUGACCAAGAAGUAUGAUGAUCAGGCCCUCGCCUGGAUGCUGUUUGUGGACGGGUGUGCAAUAUUACAGUCCAUAUAUUAUGUAUUUAAUGAAUGCAAAGAUUUCAAAAUUAAAAUCGAUCAUAUGGCCUUUGGGCAGCAGGAUUUGCUCUUGUUGGAGAACCAAGUUCCGUAUCAACUCUUACUUGAUUUGAUGAAUUCCAGCGCAAAGAAAGAUGGAUUGAGGGACUCGAUCGAUCGAUUCAUCAAAAUGCAGAGUAUGGGGGCGCACGAGGAACAAGGGACUACGGAAACGCCGACCCAUCUGCUCGAUCUCCUCCGGACGAGAAUCAUAGGCAAAAGCAAAUUCAGUCCUGACCUCCCCAUGAACCCUGCUGAGAAAGUCAAAUGGCACAACAGUAGCUCAAUUGACGUGCAGUCGUAUCGCAACGUGCAGGAGCUUACAGCAGCAGGAAUUUACGUGGCGCCCAGCAAAACUGGUUCCUUGACGGCCGUAUCAUUUACUAAAGGAGUACUGAAUUUCUAUUCCGGAUACCUCUUGCUUUCUCCAAUUAUUAUUGAUGACUCAACAGGGCCCAAGUUCUUGAACUUGAUAGCCUACGAGAUGUGUCCGGAUUUCUACAACAACUUCGAGGUCGCAUCUUACAUAUCAUUCCUUGAUUCGCUCAUUGAUCACGCCAGCGACGUAAUGGAGUUAAGGAAUUCGGGCAUACUCCACAACCUCCUUGGCAGCGACAAAGAAGUGGCUCAACUCUUCAAUGAGAUUGGCACCGACUUGGUUCCUGACCCAGACGCAUAUCAGGACGUAAAAGCUGCCAUUCAGAUUCACUACCAAACUAAGUGGAAGACCUGGAUUGCUGAAGCCCUCCACGACCAUUUCAGAAGCCCCUGGACUAUUCUGGCUUUUUCGGCCGCCAUGAUAGUAUUGGGUCUAACUUUCGUACAGACCUGGUUCUCAUUCAAAGAAGACAGGGGUAAUUCCCGAGGCCGAGUUCGGCGCUAGUCACUGUAAACCACUCGUUACUUCACACUCAGUACAUGCAUAUUAUAUUUAGCUCAUUGAAAGUACUAGUUACCACUUCGACGAUCCUGGGACGACAAUGAUCAUGUACGUCGUUUGCUUUGCGGUAGGUACGUAUAACUCACUCCACAAUAUUAUAUAACUCGGGCGUGAAU